UUCAGGUGCCAAAUUUCCCUAUAUAAAAACAAUCCCUCACCAUAAUUUUAAUGCUAUUUAGAUCCUUUUGCCUUAGAAUUUAGUAUCUCCAAAAAGAACCCACAAAAGAAAAGAACAAAAAAGGAAGAAAAAAAGGGAAAAAAGGAAAGAAAUAAUGAGCCCUGCGCCAUUCCAUGAACACCAUGCAAAAACUAACCACAUCAACAAUAAUGGGUUGUGCCCUCCUCCUUUGAAAAUCAACAAGGUCUCUCACAUUAUCAAGAAAUCCUCCUCCUCUUCCUUGUCAUCGCCACAUUCUUCUUCCUCUUCCUCCUCCGCUUCUUCGCUCGGCCUUGUUGGUCCUGCCAAACCUCCCCAGCAGCGCCAUCCGGUCAUCAUCUAUACUCAUUCUCCCAAAAUCAUCCACACCCAUCCUAGAGAUUUUAUGGCACUAGUGCAAAAGCUUACGGGCUUAUCACGCUCUGACGAGGAUCACACGACUCAUGUGAAGCAAGAAAAGGGUAGUUCAUCGUUGGAAGAGGAGAAUAAUAAGAAUGGAAAGAUUAUUGGAAAUGGAAAUGAUGACAAUGAAUCGUCUUCGGUGAUUACAGAUGAAAAUUGUGGAAGCAUAGGUGAUGGACAAGUUAAUUCUUGCUUUGUUCCUCCAAUUUUUGAGCCUACAAAUCCUUAUAUGACUAAUAUACCGAUUUUUACACCAAAUUCAGCUGAUUUUCUAUGUGCAAAUCAGCCCUUUUAUAAUUAUACAGAUUCGUUAUUUUUCACCACUCCUCCUAAUAUUAGGACCUCAAUUUCAUCAUCUUCUUCUACCUUGGAGGGGAUGAAUGAGUUCCGCGAAUAUUAGCUAAAUAUUCUUUUUAUUUUUAUUUAUUUGGAAGAGAUAAUUCUUUUGGUAGAAUUUUAAAUUUUUGUUUUUCCUAAUUUGUUUUUUUGAU